AUGUCUUCUAAUAGCACAUCAUUACCGCAGUCUACGAUAUCGUCGUUAACUGAGGAGCAAAAACCAAUAUUAUCACCAUCAAAUAUAGAAGAAACAUCAAAAGAUAAUAAUAAAAACAAUAAUACUUUAAAUACCUCUACUAAUAUUGCCGUGGGAACACAGCAGCCACUAACACCACAACAACCACCACCGCCAAAAACACCUUCUGCCGCCACAAAAUUAGUAAAUAAAUUCGCAACUUUUACGCCAGGUAGAAUGAAAAGUAAAGGGUCAUCGGAUAGACAACUUAUUGUAGAGACUGCUUAUUACGGUAACCGGAAUGCCAAUAAUGGAAAUAGUAAGAAAGACUCGCAGCAGACCGACUCACUACGUCCAGUGAAAGCAACCGAAGCAAUUCCAAAGACCAAAAAGAAAAAACGAUCGCCAAAUAUAACUGAGGGAAUGUCGCGCGCGGAGAUCUUUGCUGCUAAUGUAGCUAGUGCGGUUGAUGCUGCUGAAGACGAAGACUUUAUAUACGGGGACAGAGGACGCACCCGUACACCAUCAUUAACAAGUCUUAAUGGAAGUGUUGUUAGUAGUGGAGGUGCAGUUAGUGGUAAUGGAAUAAAUCAACAACUACCACCACCAACCUUCACACAUCCACACAUGCCACCAGAUCAUCAUGAUAAUUAUGGAUACACACCAAAUCAUCAUGCUGCUCAUUAUCAAUUUCCAAAUUUAUAUGUAGCAGCAUCAAUGCCAAAUUCAAGGCGUGUUAAUCCUUAUCACACGUACUCUUCCCAUCCUCAUCAUCAGAGAUCUCCUUUCUACGAAGGUGGUGCCUUUUAUAACGGUAACACACCUGGCUCUGAAACAGAUGAUGGCACCAGUAAUUAUAAUAAUAAAAAAGGUUCAUCAUCAAAUAACCUACUUUCUGCACCGCAUAAACCGACUGGUGUAAUGCGUGCUUCGUUACCCGAUAUGUCGCGGUAUUCGAAAGGACACCCGAAUUACGGGACAACUGGUUAUUAUCAUAAUGAUCCGUUUUAUCAUAAUUGGUAUGGUGUGGGAGAUGAUGAACGGUUACCGUUGUUUGCUAAGUGGAGGAGGCCACCUUACGAAGAUCAGAGAAGGACUUGUUGCGCAUCGACAACUUUCUCUUUAACAACCUUUCUAAUAUUUUCGAUCGUCGCCUUCUGUUAUCUAAUAUACUUUGCUUCAUCGCAACCGCUGACUGAGGUUGCAAUCACCGAUAUUGCCAAUGUCCUUGCGGCAGACAAGGAAAUAAUGUUCGAUAUGCAUGUGAAGGCACGGAAUCUCGAUAUAUGGGAUGUGAAAAUUAUGAAUGCGAAUCUUAAAGUUUUUGCGGCGCCUUAUCGAGUUGAUAGUAGUCAUCUUUCUACUAUUACUUCUACAUCAAACAAUGACAUUAACAGUUCUAUUGAGAACUUCACGAGUAGUAAAAGAAGUAAUAGUAGAACAAAAAGAAAAAAUAAAGUCAUUUUAUCGAAAACUUUUACAUCAUCUCAGUCAUUAACUGAUGCGGCACCAAACGAGUACCUAGGACAAAUAUUCGAUUUUGAUGAACCUCUGGUAUUCCAAGCAAGCUCUAAUCGUACUGGUGUGGUGCAAGUAGCUACCGCCCAAGUCACCUUAAAGAACCCGGGUGAAGGUGAUCAGGAUGCACAAGAUAAAUGGUCUCAUUUACUACGUCAAGGAUUCCAAUUGACUGUUCGCGGAAUACUAAAGUAUUCGUUACCGUUCUCAAAGGAUCAAGUGGCUCGAGUAUGCUUUGUACGACGAGUGGAAGGGUCUGGAACACAAAAUGGGGAUGAUGUUGAUAAAGCCAAAGGUGGCAAUGAUGAUAACGGUGAUGAUUCUUAUCAGAUGGGUGUAUGUGGCGAAGAAUGGGAAGAUUAG